GGUGGUAGGUAUACCUGCAAUGACUGGCGAUGGCCGCGACGGCUUGGAUCGAAACGAAGUGUAUAUAUAUGCAGUUAAUAUACCUCUCAACGAUUUUGAACUUGGAACAUUAUCAAUCCAGCAUUUUUUACAAGAUAUCUACUUUGUACACUACAACUUAAGCACCAUACCCUAUCGAAGCUUGGUACCUCAAUCUUGAUCAUCGUCAACAUGAGCUCCACUACAGCCACCAAGACCAUUGUCGGAAAGUCCAUUGGGCCAACCGGCUACGGACUGAUGGGAUUGACCCGUCCUUGGGACCAGAUUGACUUCUCUGUUUCAACCAAACUGAUGAAGACUGCGCUCGAACAGGGUGCCAACGUUUGGAACGGGGGAAUCCACUACGGAACUCCUGACAGAAAUUCCUUGCACCUACUUAAACACUACUUCGAGCAAAACCCGCAGGAUGCCGACAAGGUCGUCCUGAGCAUCAAGGGCGCCUACGACGGCAAGACCCACAUCCCGGACUGCAGCCCGGAGGGCAUCCGGGCCUCCGUCGAAGAGGCCGUACGAGUCCUUGGUGGCUGCAAAAAGAUUGAUGUCUUCGAGUGCGCUCGAGUCGACCCCCAUGUCCCCAUCGAAACCUCCGUCCAGGCCCUCGCGGAACUCAUCAAGGAAGGUAAGAUCGGCGGCAUCGGCCUUAGCGAGGUCAGCGCCACGACCAUCCGCCGCGCGCACGCCGUGCACCCCAUCGCGGCAGUCGAGAUCGAGCUCAGUAUCUUCACGCCCGAUGCCGUAACCAACGGUGUCGCCGAGGCAUGUCACGAGCUCGGCAUCGCUCUCGUCGCCUACAGCCCCGUUAGCCGCGGCCUCCUCACCGGUGAGUUCCGCAGGCCUGAAGAUCUCCCCGCCAACGACAUGCGCCGCAUGUUGCCGCGCUUCAAAUCGGAUGCUUUCGUCCAGAACUUCAAACUUGUCGAGGCGGUGGAGAAGAUUGCCGAGCGCAAGGGUGCGACGGUCGCGCAGGUGGCCAUCACUUGGGUGCGGCGGCAGGGAGCCAUCCCGAUUCCCGGGUCGACAAAAGCGGUGCGAGUGGUGCAGAACUGCGUAGACGUGGAGCUAAGCGACGACGAUUUGAAAGAGAUUUGGGCGCUGAUUGAGAGCUUGCCUAUCGCGGGACAGCGCUAUGGCGGCAAGUUUGAGCAGUAUCUCAACCAGUGAGGGUUGGCCGUUUUCCCAUGCUUUCUGCUUGAUUUGCAAUAUACCUCGAAGUCUCUAGAGUAGCGGAAAUGCUACUAUAAUAUACCAAUGUUGCCUUAGACGAUGGUAUUCGCUUGCUGUAUUACAUACUUAAGCAAACGCCUGGAGUAACUACUUCUCACACGUUGAUUUAGCGUCCACGACAGUGUCAAAGCGCUGGUGGUAUACCAGCAGGGCUGUCCUUUGGCCAGUCGCCGAGACGGCGACGUUGGUGUUGGGAGAAAUGUGCAAGGGCCAAGUGUCUAUCUGUUAGGCACGUUCAUCCAUUGCCUACCUUAUUGUGUUCUGACGCAGAGAUAUCGCGGCGCAUGUUGCCUGCGGUCUAUCCUCGACUUUGAUUCCUCUCAGCAGAUUGAAACAAUGUGCAAGAUCUGAUG